CUUCUGCCGCUUGCAUGGCGGCCGUUGGGGGGCGAGACGUCGCCCCUCAUCCGCCAUGUCAUGGCGCCCCUCAUCCUCCCACGGCUGAGGUGGCAGGGCCGCCGGAAAUGCACCAACCGUUGGUGACCACCUUCUCUGUCUCUGUUCCUCUGCUGCUUUGAACACUGACCUUCUCUGCAAUUGAGCUACCAAACACCUCACAAGUUGCUUCCUUCCACCUUCGCCAGCUUGCAUUCGCUUCUCCGCAUCUUCGAACGCUCUCGAACCGCCAUCAGCAAGCAUGUCGUCCUCCGCAAUGAUGACCACCGUGGCGUCGCCUGUGGCUGCUGUCAGCCAGACCAAGGGCCUGUCUUCCCUGCAGAAGACUGUGCAGAUUGGCAGGCCCGCAGCAUUCCCUCUUAGGAAGGUCGUCAGCAGGGCCCCAGUGGCCAAGAGCACAGUCAGGGCUUCAGCAGAGGAGGCUGCCCCCUCAAAGAAGUUCGAGAAGGCCCUGGUGGCUGGUGUUCUGACUGCCCUGAGCCUGGGAUGUGUUUCUGACGCCAAGGCUUUUGAUAUUGGCAGCGUCCAGAACAGGCCGUCCGCCGAGAAGAUCCUCCAGAAGGCGAAAGCUGACGGUGAUGCCAACUUCGCUGAGGCGCAGCGGUCAGGAAAGGAGACGACCGGCUCUCAGGAGACCCCCAGCAAGGGUGCCUACCCCUUCGGCCGCCAGGAGUCUGCCAGCCGCGGGUUCAAUACCACGAUGGAGGAGGAGGGCGUGUCUGGCAGCGUUGCCAGCAGCGCCAACUCUGACGCCGUUGAGGCACGCGCUGAGAAGAGCGCCGCUAGCCCGGGCACCAACGAGCAGCAGGGAUCGGAGCAGUCGCCUCAAGGGACGCUGCAGAAGGUGUUCAGCAAGGGCGUGAGGGGAGCGGUCGGACAGGUUCCUGACGGCGAGGAUAAAACCGGGGAGGUAUCCCGGGAGGGCCGCCGGGAAGUCGCGAAGGCCGGCCAAGCCGACACGUACGUCCAGGGUCCCCAACUAGCGGACAGGAUCAAGGACGCCUUUACCUCCAAGACUGAGGAGGGCAAGACCGCCGCAGGAGACGCCGUUGAGAAGGCCGCCAGGGCAACCGGCGUGUCAACAAGCGCACCCGAGUUGAACCCGACCGCGACGGUGGCUGGCCUUCCCGAUUUCGGCGGGAAGGUUGGGGAUGCCAAGGAUGCCGCCACGUCAGCAGUGGGCGACGCCAAGGGUGCCGUGAAAAACUCGGUGACCAGCGUCAAGGACGCCAUUCCCAACUCCAUCCCUAACCCCGCCGCCGAUGCCAACAGCCAAGUGAGCAAAGUGAAAAGCUUCGCCGACUCCCAAAUCAGCGACUUCAAGGAUGACGUUGCUAAGAUCCGUGCUGAGAACAAGGAACGUGUUGGCUUCCCUGACGCGCCGAGCCUCGCCCAAAAGACCGACAACGCCAGCGGCAAAGGCACUGCGGCCGAUUACUCUUAUUAGAUCAUAAUACCUAGACCGAUUGAUAGGAACAUUUUGGGUUGAGAAUUUUGGGUUGUGUGUCGAAGAGUUUUGGAUUUGGUUGAAAUUGUUGGCGCUCUUGCUUUUGAUUAACAGCCGUGUCAAAAGAAGCUGCAGUCAUGCGGCUGCAGAGACUAGAAUGUGUAUCAGUAGGAACAGGAUAGUCUCAGCUGUCGAAACGAAGAAUCGACAGCGAAUUGUAAUUGUGACACGAAGAUUGUAAAGCUCCGCAUGGGAGUAGUGCCGCCUCGUCUCCAUCUUUUGAUCGUCUCAUGUAAACCUGGAUUUAACAAUGCCAAGUAUUGACUAACUGAUA